GCCCUACCCGCGCCGCCGUUCGCGACUGUAGCUGUCAAUCACUGGGUCCUGGCUGGUGAUUACUCGCCAGCGCCCGAAGAUUACAGAGGAUCUCUGACGGGGAGGAGGGCUGCUUUGUUUACUAACAGUCCUCUUCCCUGUUGGCUUGGUCACACUGCUCUUAAUGUCUAGCAGUGUGCUUACAGUGAAGCACCAACAACUGCCCCCCAGUAAAACACUCCCAGCACACAGUUAACCCUUGAUCACCCCUCAUGUUAACCCCUUUCUGCCCAGUGCCAUUAGUACAGUGUCAGUGCUUUUUUUUUUUAGCACUGAUCACUGUAUUGGUGUCACUGGGGAUGUCAGUGACACCAAGUCAGUUCUCCCCAGUGUCAGAAUGCCUGCCACAGUCCUGCUAUAAGUAGCUG